AUGUCGCCGCCGAAUUUUUUUGACUAUUCUACAUGGUCGAGAAUUGGAGCUGUUUUGUUGGCAAUUGGCUUCUUAUUUUUGGUCAGUGUACGAUAUCGAAAAGGCUUGAGAGAAAUUCCGGGACCAUUCCUCGCCAGUAUAUCACCGUUAGAUCGAAUCCUCACCACCUAUUCUGGCCGCCAGUUCCAGAAACAUCUCGCUUACCAUCAGAAAUAUGGACCCAUUGUACGAGUCGGGCCGAUACAUGUCUCCGUUGCGGACUCUGACCAAAUAUCGGUGAUCUACAACAUCACGUCCAAGUUCGACAAGAGCCAUUUUUACACCUUGUUUCACGCAAAAUCCCCGCGGGGCAAUAUCCCUACCGUGUUCUCGAUCGUUGAUCCAACCGGACACAAGAAUCUCAAGCGUCCAGUCGGUGCCGCUUUUGCGCUGAGCUCCCUUUUGGACCUUGAGUCGCUGGCCGACGACUGCACUAGAAUCCUAGAACGGAAGCUAGAUGGCUUGCAGGGUCGGGAUAUUGACUUUGGAACCUGGCUGCACUGGUAUGCCUUCGACGUCAUUACCUCUAUUACCUUUUCAAACUGCUUGGGGUUCAUGGAAAAGGAAGAAGACGUCCUUGGAAUUAUAUCCGCCAUUGAGGGCAGGUUAGUCUACAACUCAAUCAUCGGCCAAGUCCCUAGCCUACACAAAUUGCUCCUGGGGAACAGUCUAGUCUCCAAGUUUGCGGACAUGAUUCCCACGUUGGCGCGACUCAACUCCUCUCAAUAUAUUGUCGGCUUUGCCGCACAACAGCUUGAACAAAGACAGAAUUCAAAAGUGGAGCAUGGGAAGAAAGACAUCGUCGCGCGCUUCAAACGAACCAGAGAGGGGGAGCAGGUGAUGAGUGAUCGAGAGCUCCUGGGCCACGCCGCCUCAAAUGUAUUUGCUGGUAGUGAUACUACAGCUAUUUCUCUUCGAGCAAUGUUCUAUUACCUCUGCAAAAAUCCUCAUAUAUACAAAAAGCUCGUGGAGGAGAUUCUUUCUUUUGACGCUCGGGGCGAAUUGUCCGAGUAUAUCACUUAUUACGAGGCUCAGCGCAUGCCGUACUUCCAGGCCUGCAUGCGAGAAGCCUUACGCAUGCAUCCGGCUGUUGGACAACUCCUUGAACGAGUGGUACCGGAAGAAGGGCUUAUGAUAGGAAGUUCAUUCUUACCCAGUGGCACAAUCGUCGGAAUCAAUCCAUGGGUGGCGGCGAGAGAUAAGGCUGUCUAUGGGGACGAUGCCGAUGUAUUCCGCCCCGAACGAUGGUUGGACGCCGAUGAACAAACCUUGAAACUGAUGGACAGAAAUUGGCUUGCGUUUGGUGCUGGAUCAAGAACAUGUUUGGGCAAGAAUAUUUCGCUGAUGGAGAUGUCGAAGCUUGUGCCGCAGCUUCUUCGACGCUAUCAUGUCGAACUGGCCGAUCCAAAGGCGGAAUGGGAAUUGUUUGAUUAUUGGUUUGUCCAGCAGGAAGGAUUGAGAUGUAUAUUGGCAAGGCGUGAGAAGGAACAGGGCGACCUGGAGGGAGGAGGACAAACGUGA